UCUCCUCCGGUUCCCCUCCAUGUUCCUCUCUUGAAGCUUGCGCUCUCACCAGUUCUUCCCUUCUUCUUAGACAAAAAAUGAAGAUUAGUGAGUGGGAAAAAAAAAGUGUUGCAAAAAACCAAGAAGAUCGAGCAGAUUUAACUACUUGAAAACUCAUCCACUUGUGCUGAUCCAAGUUAGUUUUUUGAAUCAAUUGCACGUUUACAGUCAAUAUCUGCAUACCCAUUUGAACAAAAAUGAAGAGAGAUCGUGAUCGAGGAAAGGCAGAAAGUUCAUCAACGGCGCCUGCGACAGCAGGAAAGGCGAAGAUGUGGGGAGAAGAACCACCGGACGCCGGGAAUGAUGAGCUUCUGGCUGUUUUGGGUUACAAAGUCCGGUUGUCAGACAUGGCUGAUGUUGCGCAGAAACUUGAACAACUGGAGAUGGUAAUGGGUACUGGUAUGGAAGAUGGAUUAUCCUAUCUUUCAACUGAGAAAAUUCAUUACAACCCUUCUGAUCUUUCUGGGUGGGUUCAGAGCAUGCUCUCUGGGCUCAAUCAUGUUGGGGAAUCCUCAAGAAGUGUUGAUAUUUUUGAUUUUUCAAGGAUUAACCCGAAUGAUCAGAACCCAAAGAUAUACGACGAUGAUCUGAGAGCAAUCCCCGGCGAAGCGAUUUUUAACCCACCGGAAUCGGAUACCAAAGGUGGAAUCAAGAGAAUGAAAUCUUCAAUCGGGUCUGAAUUUGAUGCCGGAGCUACGUCUGAGUCAACUCGGCCGGUGGUGCUUAUUGACUCACAAGAGGCCGGUGUUCGACUCGUCCACACCUUGAUGGCUUGUGCGGAGGCGGUUCAACAAGACAACCUGAAAGUCGCCGACACUCUGGUGAAGCACAUAAGGUUGUUGGCGGCCGCGCAAGGCGGCGCUAUGGGGAAAGUCGCCACCUAUUUCGCCGAAGCUCUUGCUCGGAGGAUUUACAAGAUUUACCCACAAGAAUCUCUUGAAUCUUCAUAUUCUAAUAUUUUACAGAUGCAUUUCUACGAGACCUGUCCGUACCUCAAAUUCGCUCAUUUCACGGCCAAUCAAGCGAUUCUCGAGGCAUUUUCGGGGGCCAGAAAGGUUCACGUUAUCGAUUUCAGUUUGAAUGAGGGUAUGCAAUGGCCAGCGCUUAUGCAAGCACUGGCCUUACGGCCCGGCGGGCCACCUGCGUUUCGACUCACCGGGAUUGGUCUGCCACAGCCCGACAACGCUGAUGCUUUACAGCAAGUUGGGUGGAAAUUAGCACAAUUUGCAGAGAUAAUUGGCGUCGAAUUUGAAUUCCGCUUCAUCGCCAAUUCCUUGGCCGAUUUCGAUGCUUCAACGCUCGAUAUUCGGCCGAGUGGCAUCGAAUCAGUGGCAGUGAACUCAAUUUUUGAACUUCAUCGAUUAUUGGCCCGGCCCGGGGCGAUCGAGAAAGUUUUGAAUUCAAUUAAGGCCGUGAGACCCAAAAUUGUGACGUUGGUUGAGCAAGAAGCCAAUCACAAUGGGAAUGUUUUUUCGGACAGGUUUAAUGAGGCUUUGCAUUAUUACUCCACUAUGUUUGACUCGUUGGAGAGUUCCGGGUUGACUCAGUUGAACACUCAGGACUUGGUGAUGUCGGAGGUGUUUUUGGGGCGGCAGAUUUGUAAUGUUUUGGCUUGUGAGGGAGGUGAACGAGUUGAGCGGCAUGAGAAGCUGAGUCAGUGGAGGGUUAGGAUGAACUCGGUCGGGUUUGACCCGGUGCAUCUGGGGUCUAACGCUUUUAGGCAGGCUAGUAUGUUGUUGGCAUUGUUUGCUGGUGGAGAUGGGUACAAAGUAGAGGAGAAUGAUGGGUGUCUCAUGCUGGGUUGGCACACUCGGCCUCUCAUUUCCACCUCGGCUUGGCAACUCAGCCCUGACGAGUCUGGUUGAGUCAACUCGGUAUAUGCUGGGCCUCAGCAAAAGAUUGAGUCAACUCAGUAACUGGCACCACAUGAAGUGCUUUGCUGCUGCGUUGUAGUGUGAGAGACAGUGAGAGACAGAGAGAGAGAGACAGAUCCAAAGGAGUCAAAUCCUUGUCUUUUACUUUUUAUCUCUCCAAUAAGUCAGCCUUUUUAUUAUUAUUUUUUAUUUUUACUUUUUUAUUAUCGUAUCCACUGUUUGGACUUUAAGGACUUUCAUUUUAUUUUUUUAUUUUUUUUUGCCCUGUUAAUUUUCCUCUUUUCUGCUUUUCUUUAGAGGUGGGUGGUCAAUGACUCAAAUGCCCAUCUGUAUCUAUGUG